AUCUCCAAGUGCCGCCAAGUGCGGCCUUAAAAAGUAAAACAAACAAACAAACAAAAAAGAACAACAGUCCCCAACGGCUGUUUAUCCAUAAAACCAAUGUGAAGCUUAAGGACAAAGCAAUCCCCCGAGUUCAUAAUGAAAUCCAACGCUUACCAAUGGAGCCUGGCACGGGGCCUGCGGAAGUGGAUGUGCCCAGGUCCCUGGGCUGCCUGUGCAGAGACGGAGGUCCCGGGCCCUGGGACUGAGGUUUCCCAGACUGUUCCCAGCACGACUCCCCCAAGCGGGGUGUUCUCUGCCAACAGGUGAGCAGUCCUGCCUGCUGAUAGCCCAGGACCAGGCCCCCAGGGAUGCUGGGGAAGGAACCCCUGAGCUGGGGGCGUGGGGGGGGGAAACCACUGAGAUGGCCACACCUGCCCUAGGUGGGCCCUCUCCAGCCACCACCGAGCCAAGCUGCUCUGGCCUGGCACAUGGAAACUCCAGUGACUCGGGCACCCAGAGGUUCUUAGGGCCGACUUCUUAGCCACAGAUGUAGAAUCCAGCACAGAAAGAGAGUGCCCAUGGCAGGUGGGGUUCAGCCAGCACCCCUUCGUGAGGCCCAAGCUCGUGAAGAGGGCCCGGUCUGGCUCUCCUGAACACCAGCAGCCGUCAACACCGGCCCCACCCUGCCUUUAUCCAGUGGCUCAUACACCCGCUCCCUGUGUUGGGUCCCCACUCUGGUGGAGAAGUGGAGGCUCAGAAAGUGACAAGUCUCGCCAAAGGCCACAGCUGGUAUGUGGCUGAGCAGAACCCAGCCCUAGGGGCUCACGUGAGGUCAAGGGUGGUAGGGAGAGGGGUCCAGGAUCUGAGUCAGGGGCUUUGGCUGUGGCACCCUGCAGGUCCCGCCUAUGCCAGGUCUCAGCUCCCACGCCUCGAGCAGCUCCAGGCCCUGCCACUCCUCCUACGAGACGCUACCCAGGGAACCUCCCCGCCCCCUCACCUCCCAGGCUCCCGUGUUUACCUGGGUGCCAGGAAAAGCCUUUGUUUCUGGAAGCUGACCCUGAAUGGAUCCUGCUGCUGUCCACCAGACAGUGUCACAGUCGUCACCCCUUCCCUGCUUCGAGGAGCCCAGGAAGACACUGGAAAGCAAUCUUUUAGGCCCAGUGUUCUGGGGGAGCAUCUGGAGAGCCCCUGGAGCUGGGAAACUCAGCACCAGAUCUGACAGCAGACGAGGCUCCGGGUCCCCCACAUGGGGGCGGGGGCGGAAGGAUCAUACUCGCCCCCAGUCUUGCAUCCACGCCAGCCCAGGCCCAGCACCUGCGGCUCUCUGCGGCCACUUCCCAGAGCCUCAGGCCUUGUCCUGAAAGGGAACUGGGCCAGUGGUUGUUUUCCAAGCAGAAUUUUCUUGGAGCCCUAUAUGUCAACAGCCAAGCGGCACUUUCCUCCUGGGGGAGGGGGAGGGGUGGCCUGGGGCCCAAAGCUGUCCCUGAGGAAUCUGCAGAGCAGCGUUGGGGAACCAAACCCUCUCAUUUUACACCAGAGAGAACUGAGAGGCACAGAGAGGGCAAACACCCAGCCCAAGUCCUCACAGCGAGAGAGCGAGUGGCGUGCUGCAGGCUGCGCUCCAUCCAGUGUCACAAGCAGCCAGCACUGAGCAGGGAGAUAAGAUGACACGGUACCUCCCAUCUCACUUGCACACGUGCACACACGUGUGCAUGCGUUCAUGCACAUGCAGGCCAGCCCUGUGGAGACAGCCCCGGGGGGGCCAGUUAUGGAAGCCCGCUCUGCGUCUGCUCUGGUAGCACAUGGGGCCCCUCCACCUGCACCUGCCCGGGAGGCCCUCACCCUCGCCCUUGCCUUCGCCAAGGGAGGCCCGAGCGCACCCCUCAGAGGGGCCCAAAGGCAACUCAAGCCGUCUGCCGGUUCUUGACCUAGUUCCUGUUGCAUGCAGGGCUGAUGAGGCGAGCACAGGACCAGGCUCUGUCUGUGGAGCCUCAGGCCCCCCACCCCCUCACCACGAGGGCAGUAAAGAUUCUAGCCCCUUCCUCUGGUCUCAGGGGCUGGGGAGGGAUUGCUGAGGCCGUCUAUUCCCAUGUGGGGUCAUUUUCUGCCCCCAGCACCCCAGGCAAAGGCGAUGGCUCAGCUGGGUGAGGGAGGGCCCUGGAGACCCAUGCUCCGUGCCCAGUCCCCAGACUGGCCUGAGCAGCUACCCCAGGCACGGAGGGCGGCCGCAGCCUCACCAAGCACCUGCUGCCUCGCCACCCUGCUCGCUCUCAGGAGAGGAAAUCCAAGCCUGGCGACUGUGCCGGCCGUCCUGGCACCUGCUGGUCUCCCCACAGACGCGCUUCAGACACGAUGCGGGGGCCGGGGGGAAUCACCAAACACGGGUGGUGGGACAGGGACAGGAGGGGAGGGGCAGGGGAUGAGCCCUCCUGGGUCUACAGGCUGCUGGGCCAGUCAGCGGGGCACCCAGGGGCAAAGGCUUCCCUGAGCUGAGUGCUCGGCUUCCGGCGCUGGGCUUCUGCCGAGCACACUGCCCAAGCAGGAGCUGCACUCUGGCUUAGCUGCACAGACGCCGUGCCUGGAGCAGACCCCGGGGGCGCUCUCUGAUCCCACACGGGGCGGGCGAAGGGACGCAUCCGACUUUGCUGCCAUUAGUCAUGGGGUGAGAGCCCUGAGGUGUGAUGCCGGCCGUGGUCACACAGAGACCAGAGUGGAUCCCACAGGGACCUGUGUGCCCACAGCAGAGCCCCCUCCAGCCCCAUCCCCCUCUGGGGAUGCAGCGCAGGUGACGACACGUGGUGUUCCCCACCCUGACCUGUGAGCUCGCCCGCGGAGAAGCUACCUGGGAGUGACGACUGCCGGUGUCCUCUGCCAUGGGUGCCGGGGACCCCCACCCAGCCCUCAGCAAAUCCCGCCCAGGGUAACAGCCUCAUCUCCGGGACUCACACCAGAGCCAGACGACUUGAGAACACUCGCUGGGCCAGGAACCGGGGUGGGCUGGGGAGACUGAGCUUCCCUUCCAGGAACAAACCUACUGUGGCUCGGGGACCGAGGGCUUGAGAGAGGGGCUCGCCAAGUCCCUUUCUUGCCCCCCACCCCCCUGCCAUUGCCCAGCUCAGCCUCCAGGCACUGGUUGCCCCUCCAGAGCAGGGAACCGUGGGCUCAAACCCAACCCCUGGCCCAUCCAGCGCGAAGGAAGGCCGGUUCACAGCUACUCCCUGGGCCCGUGGGUCGGCGGCGUGGGCUGGGCCGCAGGUGUGUGACGCAGACCCAACAAAGGCAGGGCCCGGAGGGCUCUUCUCGGCGGGCGCCGACGCCUCCUCCAAGGGACAAGAGGGUCACCGUUAACGAUGCUGCCCGCUCUCCUCCACAGGAGGCGGCCUGCCCCGUCCGCCCCUGGUCAGACUGCAUCCUGUUUGUCCUGGGCCUCUCAACAGUGCGGCCCGCACUGCCCCCUCCUGCACCACCUGGUCCCCAAUGGAAUCCUAGGGCCAGGAAUGCGCAGCAAUCAGAGAGCUGGCGCAUGUGCGCCCAGGGGCCUGUAUAAAGCAGGGGAACCCAGAGCCAAACGUCCUGCACAGGAGCCCGGAGCAGCUCUGCCCAGCCCGGCCCAGCCCGGCCCAGGCUCCAGCUGUUGUCCUGGGACAGGCCCACAGCGCGGUGAGUAGAGCCACUCCCCCCCCGCCAGCAGGGAGCCCACGCAGGCCGUCCCCCAGGUCAGGAGCUGGGCACGGGCAGUAAGAACCACAGGGUCGCAAGGGGCUGCAGGCCAGGGACAGGGAGACCGGUACCUCGUGCUGCAGCCCAGAGAUGGAGCUCAGGGGCCUCCAGGGCUUGGCCCUGGUCUUCCUUCUGUGCUUGUCCAGCCAUGUCCCACAUGUUGGGGCUUGAAGCUGCAACUUGGGCUGGGGUCCAGUGUUCGGUGUGGAGUGUCCCAAGCUUCCAGCAGGUUCUGAAAGGGGUCCAUGAUCCCCCAGAGGGAGAAGGGUCGCUUCGCUCUGUGGAUCAGGAUGUCCCCCUCCUUGAGACCCAGAGCCCAAGCCCGGGCAGGGGUCGCUCCCCUGGUGGAGUCCCACCUGGUCCACUGCUUUCAUGGGGAGGAAGCGCCUUGUGAGAAGCCCCACUCUCUCCGGGCCCUGAUGGAGAGGCUUUCCUGAAGCAGGCGAGAAGUUGCUCCAGUCCCAGGGGAUGCGAGAUGCUUAGGAGGGCUGGGUUUGGGAAGAGGAUGGCUGCUUUUAUGAUUUUUUUAGAGCUUUCUGGCCGAGAACACUUUGAAAUGUCUUCAAGGGAGGCAUUUCUGCAAACAGCGCUGGGGAGCCCGUGCUGUCUUCUCCAGAACCGGCUCCCUUUAUUCCAGCCCCAGUUCUACUGCUCAGAGGACCAGCCAGCUCCAACUCACCAUGGUCGUUACCAAAACGGCUUCCUUUGCAAGGGAACGAGCAAUUAUUGCCAAGGCGGGGGCACUUGGGGAAGCUCUAUUUGUUUCAGAUCCCCACAGACUGGCACCCACGGGUAGUGAUUCCUGCGUCAAGCCCCAUUAGACCCCGGCUCGCAUCCCAGCUCUGCCACUUAGGAGGCUGUGGGAUCUCCCCUCCUGGCAGGGGGAUGUCCCCGUAAGAGGAGAUAAGCAAGACCCUCCCUGGGAGGCCUGCGAGGACGACAGCAGGUAUGGACAGAGUCGUGAAGCCCAGAGCCUUCGCUUUCCAGCUGUGUGGCCUGGGCACAACCUCUCAGCCUUUCUGACCCUGCUCUUGCCUGAAAAAAUCGGAAUAACAGGGCUUAAAACCAGCUCUGUUGUGAAGAUGACGUGUGGCUGUGCACCAAGGGUUCAGCUCACAGUUUGGCAGAGUCGGUGCUGUGGGAACAGGCGGCUACUCCUCUCCAGGGGGUGUCUGAGGUGGGCUGGGCCCCUCAGGUCCGCUUCCUUCUGUCAGGAAUAACUUGUUUCCAUGUCAGAAAAACAUGAGCAGAGUGUCCCAGCUAAACAGCUUAACUAGACCCAUUCAUUAUCAAGUUGAAAAUGAAGGGAGAUUGAUGCUAUUAACUUCCUAUCCCAUGGCUCUGAGAUGAUACGGCCCAAGAGUCAAUAAUUAUAAUAAAAGAAGAACGAGCCCACAUUUGCUCAGCUCUCCUGGGGCUGCCUGUAAGCCAUCCCAGCAGCAGUGGUAUUAGAGCGCUAAGCUGCCAAGGCCGUCAAAGGAGAGGGAGAGGGAGAACCAGCCUAAUUGGUGCAAUCGGCUCCUGAGCCUGCUAAGAAAAUAAAGGCCCGGUCCCCACGCUGCUUGCCAGCUGGGCUCAGCUGAGCCACCAGCUCACGCCUUUGAUGGCUGCCCGGGCCCUGGGAGGUAUGCUGACAAGCGUGCGCGGCCCAGCAGCGCAGCCUGUAACUUCCUCCCCUCUCUGCUCUGCCCAGAUGAUCAGCUGUCACUCCCUGCCCUUCCUCCUCCUUCUGCCGCUGGGUGCCUGCUUUCCUGUGCUUGACAGAGAUGUGCCUGUGAACGCCAUGGAUGUCGUCGGAGGCGGAAGGAGCUGGGCCAACCUGGCAGGGGGACGGCACUUUCUGUGGGGCUCCCCUGGGUGGCAGAGAGCUCCACACCCAGGUGCCUGGCUCAUCAUGGCCAAGGAGCUGCAGGCGGUGGGCAGAGCACGUGCCAGCUUCGGGUUGAGGUUUGGGAGGCAGGACAAUGGCAGUGAGGCCGCUGGCUUCCUCCCGGGUGAUGGUGAGAAGGCUAGUGGCCUGUUAGGGACCCUGGCUGAGGAGCUCCAUGGCUACAGCAGGAAGAAAGGUGGCUUCAGCUUCCGCUUUGGCCGGGGGUGAAGGGGCCCAGGCGUCCUGGAAGGGGCUCCUCCUUGACAGACCCCCUCCCCCGCUGCCACCGUUUCCACUCCCAUUUUCUCCUCAAGCCUCAAAGACCAAGAUGCUGAAAACGUGUUGCUACUAUAAUGAACUAUAAUAGGAAUUCUAACAGCAGUAGGAUUGGUUAAGUGGGUGCUUACUUUAAUCUCGAACUUCGCUGAAGCAAAAUCCUGGAUGGUGUCAAAAAGGAGGUUAGGAGACGCAGCUCCCAGGCAGGCUGUUGUGCGCCAGCCCCCUCCCCUGGGGGGCUGGUUCUGAGCAGUCCCCCUGCCCCAGGGGCAUGGAGCCAAGGACUUGGGGGUGUGCACAUGAACAGAGCUGAGGCGGGUGGACGGAGUGAGGACAGUGGGAAAAUGCGAGUUUUGACAGUCUCCAUCGGGACACCCGGCGUGACAGCCAAAGUGCAACAGUAAGGGAGCACUUUCCACUGGGUACGGAGUGUGGCUCGGAAAGCUAAAAACGGAAAAAAGAAAACUUGCUCUCCCUCCCAUUAACACAACACCCCUGCGGCAAGAAAACCUCGCUGCGGGGUUGAGAAGCAACGAGGAACCAGCUGCCCAUCCCCUUCUGACAGCCGCCCUCGCAGGUGGGACGGCACCUGCCAAACCACGAGGCUCCUGGGAGAUGAGCAAGGAAGGAGUACGUUUCUGCUACAGCAAGGCUGCACUUCCAAGGUUCAGAAUAUAAAUGUGUUGUACCUUUCGAAAUAAAAGUUAUAGCCAUUGCAAAACCAUAAUGGAAAGCUCGCCUGCCUCUUGCCUACAGGUCCUCUGUGCCCUAGGAACUUGGCUUUCCUGAGCUGCAAGUGCCUUAACUUUGGGGAGAUGGAAAUUGUGGUGCAUGUACCCACACAGCUCUUCCAGAGCCCCCUUAAUUGGCGGUGGUUAACUUCCCACGGUCAAAGGUGUAGGGAAACACGCAUGGGGUGUGUUUUCCUCUGCACUUCACUCUUCUCUGUUUUUCUCAAAGCAAGGAGCGUUCUGAAAACAACCUCUCUGCCCCGAGGGAAGCCAGCGUGCGGCCUGGAGUGGCUGCAGCCCUGGGGCGAGGCAGCGCAUCCCUUUCAAACGCUGCUUUGGUGGGUCCUGCAUCCCAUCCCAAGUCGGAUACGGCGGUCUGAGGCCGCUCACUCCCAGGCUGGCUUCCGCUGCUGAGAUGAGAACCUAUAUUGAUGUUGCUAUGGCAACAGCUCCCCUCCUUCUUUUGAGCUGCUGCUUGCCCCUGUUCACAAUUGAAUAAUUUUCCAUUGAGCUGUCACAAUUAAUUGGUAGAUUUUUAUUAGCCUUUUAGAACCACACUGGGUUGGGCCCAGCUUGGCACCUUGGAGCAUUUCAGUGUUUUCCAUUCUAUUAGAGACUUACAUUCCCCGGUAGCAGCUCUCAAUCCUCGACAGCCAGAAAGCCACUUCAUUAAGGGGUGACAGAUCUGAGCCACAAAAGAGCCAGGCUGACUGGGGAACAGAACUGGGGCGGCAGGAUGGGACAGGAACACAGGAAUCAGAACGCUGCCUUCUCCUGGAGCUCAUCCCUGCUUCCCCUGUGCCCUGGGGCUCAGGGCCGAUGUGACAGGGACCAGACAGUGACACCACGUCUGGGAGGCACAUCACACUCCUUGGCCUCCGCCACGGUCAAAGUCGAGGACGGGCCGAUCCCGGAAUGCCUCCCUCCUGCCAGUCCAACAGACUGAUGGGGAUGGGGCUUUGCUGGUGAAAGGGGCAAACGCUCAGCCCUCAAGCCAUGGAGGGCAAAUCCUAAGAAAACGAGCCCCAGUGCGUUCGUAGAGGGCAGCCCAGGGGCUAGAUGCAGGAAGUAGGUUCCCAGCUCCAGCUCCCACCCCAGCAAGGGCUCGUUUCCACUCCGUUAAGCAUGGGGGGUGCCCAGCAACCUGGACCACCCCGUCCUCAGCUCAUUUACACACACGCAGAAGCCAGAGAACACGCCUGCUCGAGGAAGGCCAGCUCAGACAGACAGACCAGAGGCCGGGGCCAGGGGGACUCCCUGCAGCAAGGCCCCCUGGCCGACGCUCUCGUUCCAAUUUCUACUCGUAGAACAAAAGGAGCCGCCCCUGUAGUCACUGGAUUGUGAGAACUUGAGUUACCAAGGCCGGGACACUCCCGCACGUGUUUACACACACUCUGGGGAUAACACCAGCUGCCCUGAAUUUAGGAGGAUUGGAUUAACCUCGAAGGAGGUAUCCGAGAUAAAGGGGGAGGGGGAGGGCCUUCAAAGCAGAGGAUACCCUGUCAUUAGGCUUUCAUCAUUAAACAAAAAUCAACAACAAAGCUAUCCUUUCCAGUUGCUUGUACACUGGAGCUCAAUAAGUCUGAAAAUCAGAACAAUCAAACCGCUAAGAGCAUCGAUCUGUUAAACCCACUCCUGCCACAUUUGGCUCAAUCUCCUCUUUAACCUUCCCCCCGGCCCCUGCAAGGUCUGGGGGCCUCUUGCCCACCCCAUACCCCGGCAUCUCCUCGGCAGGGAGGGUCACUCCCCAGAUGAGUGGCGAUGAGGCUCUGGGGA